AUGAUAUCCCAGAAAUUCCACGGCUUCCAGCCAGAACUCUGCACAAGCGCGCUCAGCCAUGGCUGGAUGCUUUUCGGCGGUCUAUUUUCUGUUUUUCAAAAUCCCAACCGUCCCUCCCCUCCUCGCAUCGACAUCGAACGGCUGAUUGGCACAACCGGCCUUCCCUUGACGGGUCAGAACUCUGUCCUGAUGUACGAUUAUGCGCUGGUUCACGUUGUUUACACAAUUCCCCUUGCAAUAGCCUCGUCUAUUAUCCUGGGGCCUCUGUUGACACGACGGGAUAUUUACAAAAUAUGCUUCCUUCAACUUGUCGCUAUCACAUAUACAAUUCCCUGGGAUUCCUACCUCAUCAGAACUAGGAUCUGGACAUAUCCUCAGGAUGUUAUUAUAGGGCCGACGCUGUUGGCUAUCCCUGCCGAGGAGGUCUUCUUCUUCAGCAUUCAGACUUACAUUACGACUUGUCUACAAAUCCUUCUCAGCAAGCCAGUGCUCACGGCAAUCUACCUGCAUAAUGAGGCCGACUGCCUGGACCCCGUUGGCAAGUCACUGCCAUCUUGGAAGCGAGCAGGUCAGCUCGUUUUUGGGCUAGGCUCGGUCGUUCCACUGCUUCUGCGAGAAGGGCACGCUGAAGGCCAGUACAUGCGGCUCAUUUUGCUCUGGGCCUGCCCGGUAUUGUUGAUGCUGUGGACAUUUGCUUACCAACUACUUCUCACCUUGCCAUGGACAACAACCUGGCUCCCCAUUGCUGCACCAACAUUGUAUCUGUGGAUUGUUGAUACACUGGCUCUCCGCCGAGGCACCUGGAGCAUUGAGUCAGGCACGAAGCUCGGCAUUCAAGUAUGGCCCCAUCUAGAACUGGAAGAAGCCGUCUUCUUCCUUCUGACAAACACCCUUGUAGUAUGGGGUGCGACUGCCUUCGACAAUGCCGUGGCGAUCCUCGACGCCUUUCCCGGUCACUUCCCUAGUGUCCCAGGCAUCCCAGCCCCGACCUUGAUGCUCAAAGCUUUAUUUCUGGAUACAUCAAAAUAUGACACUGCGCGUCUGCAGGGUUUACGCAAAGCACUUCCGGUUCUUGCUAAGAAAAGCCGAUCAUUCUACCUGGCUUCAGGCGUCUUUGCCGGUCGCCUGAGAAUCGACUUAGUACUCCUCUAUGCAUUUUGCAGGGUGGCUGAUGAUUUAAUUGACGAUGCGCCCUCAGCAACGGAGGCAAGUCAAUGGGUGCAACAUUUCACCGAUUUCCUCGACAUUGCCUACUCGCCAAAAAGGGACGAGAAGAGGUUGCAGCAGGCUCUCGAUGUAUUCCCACCCGAGGCGCAGUCUAUCCUGCGACUCCUUCCCACGGACAAGUUACCCUCCGGGCCACUCUACUCGCUUCUCGAUGGUUUCCGGAUUGACCAGAAAUUUUUCGAUACAGGAUCGACGCAGAAUCCCCCAAUCAAAAGCUUUGCCGACCUUGAGAGAUACGCAAGUUGUGUUGCAGGAACGGUUGGCGAGCUUUGUUUGAAUCUUGUCUAUUAUCAUAAUCCAGAUCAAGGAAGCUCCUUGGAAACAAAACAAAGGUGUCUCGAUGCUGGUGCGCAGAUGGGUCGGGCUCUGCAGUACGUCAACAUUGUCCGAGAUGUCAAAACAGACGCCGAUGUUGGACGAUGCUACAUUCCUAGCGAGUGGCUUGAUAAAUCAGCGCAACGUUCAGCCGAAUCUCGAGCCGAGGAAAUUCCGCAUCAUCGUCAGAGAAUCCUCGACGUUGCAUUCACUAUCUAUGCUGAGAACAGAGAUGCCAUCGAAGCGCUGCCCUACUAUGCGCGAGGUGGUAUCCGUGUCGCCGUCGAAAGCUACAUGGAAAUAGGCGCUGGCGCUGGGGGCAUUGCCAGCGCUGCCAGGCUCGCCAAAGCUGGUUUCCGAGUAACUGUGCUUGAAAAGAACGACCAUACGGGUGGACGCUGCAGCUUGAUAUACCAAGAUGGCCACCGAUUCGACCAGGGCCCUUCUCUCCUCCUCUUGCCCGACCUGUUCGAGGAAGCCUUUACCGACCUAGACACGUCUCUCAAGGCCGAGGGGGUCGAGUUGCUCAAAUGCGAGCCCAACUACAACGUCUGGUUCGGCGACGGCGAGUGCAUCGAGCUGUCCACGGAUAUUGCCAGAAUGAAGAAGACAAUCGAGCGUUGGGAGGGGAAGGAAGGGUUCGAGAGAUAUCUCGCGUGGAUGAAGGAGGCCCACGUCCACUACGAGGCGAGUGUUGUCCAUGUGCUGAGAAAGAACUUCUCCACAAUAUGGGCGAUGGCUCGUCCGAGCUUCUUGCCCUACCUUCUGGCUCUCCACCCGUUCGAAAGUAUCUGGAAUCGGGCAGCGCGAUAUUUUCUGACGGAGCGACUGAGGAGGGCUUUUACUUUUGGGAGCAUGUAUAUGGGCAUGAGUCCAUUUGAAGCACCGGGCACCUACAGCUUGCUCCAGUAUACCGAAUUGGCGGAAGGCAUAUGGUACCCCAGAGGUGGAUUUCACGGAGUCUUGGACGCCUUGGUCAGGGUUGGGCAACGCCUCGGGGUCGAGUACAGAUUGUCAACACCUGUUGCCCGGGUCAAUGUCGAUGGAUAUUCCCAACGUGCCACGGGCGUUACGCUGGCCUCCGGAGAAGUUGUGAACGCCGACAUUGUCUUGGUCAAUGCCGAUCUCGUCUACGCCUACAACGAGUUGCUGCCUUCUUCUCAUGAAGCAUCGAAAUUGUCAAAGAAACCGGCUUCCUGUUCCAGCAUCUCGUUCUACUGGUCAAUGGACAAGGUGGUCCCUGAACUCCAUACACACAAUGUUUUCCUGGCAGAUGACUACCAAGACAGCUUCGACGACAUCUUUAAGCGACAACAGAUUCCGAAGGAACCCUCGUUCUACGUCAAUGUGCCCUCGCGUGUCGACCCAAGCGCCGCCCCCAAAGAUCGAGACAGCGUGGUAGUGCUUGUCCCGUGUGGUCACCUAUUGGAGGGCGAGGCUGACCGGGGCCUCAACCCGCACAGCGCACAGGAUUGGCAGGCGAUGGUUGCGAAAGCCCGGCAUGCGGUGCUUGAAACGAUUCGCCUCCGAACAGGGGCCGAUCUUGAAUCCCACGUGGCGCACGAGAUUGUCAACACACCCAGCACAUGGAAAGACAGAUUCAAUCUUGACAGGGGGGCGAUUCUUGGAUUGAGUCACUCGUUCUUCAAUGUGCUCAGCUUCAGGCCAGGAACGAAACACGCGACAAUUGGGGGCGUGUACUUUGUUGGUGCCAGCACUCACCCGGGAACCGGCGUGCCGAUUGUAUUGGCUGGCAGCAAGAUCACGACUGAACAAAUCCUCGGUGAUCUUGGUAUGGUCAAGCCGUGGUCGCCGGGAAAUCACAGGAGGAGGGUGGUGAGCGAUCUGGACAAGUGGGGAAAGCGUCCCCUGGAUCUCUUGCACACCCUCAUCGCUGUAUUUGUCGCAUUGUUGCUGAUGUUUGUCCUCGCAGCCAGAUAA